AUGUCGUCACACGUGCAAAAAGUUGCGAGGUACCAAAGAGUGCUUGCAACUGAAAACAAACAUUCACAUGAAAUACCUGAUAAGAGGAGAACACCGAGCAGCAAAACGAGACAACGGUGGGACAACGGCGGCGGAGGAGGCGUCGAGGACGACGGCAUGUUCUCGGGUCCGGCCGGCCUUCCUAGGAAUGCCAGUGCCAGUGCCAGUGCCGGUGCCACUGCCGGAGCCGAGCCGAGUCGAGUCAAACGUUCUUCUGGCAGGCGUCGUCCUCUCUCCAGUCGAUGGUGGAUGGCUGAUGCGAGGAGAGAGGUUCGUCGUCAGCCGGAAGAACGCGCGCGAUCGCCAGGCGUAACGCCACACCAAGCCAAGCCUCGUGCGUCGACGACAGGCAGCAACGACACCAAACCUACGUUGUCCGAUGCGGACGCUUUCCUCACAGUGGUUCUCACGGUGUUGAACCUCAACCUCAACCUCAACCGAAGUCCCUGGUGCCUCACGUGCAAGCAGGCGUGCCUUUGGGAGUACGUCAGUACGCCUCCGGUGAGUACAAUGCCUCGACAACGGAUCCGGUUCGACGAACGAACUACAUGA